AUACUAACCAAAAAAAAUCACCAAAAUGAGUCGAGUCGACUGACAAAGCAAAUCAAAAUGUUCCCCAUCCCACUUUUUUGACCCCCCUUUUCUUUCUUCUCUCCUGCAAGUUUCGUCGCAAAUGCGUUUUUACUCGUCGUGAAUUCUCUUAGGUAACCCGUCUUGUUAUAUUCACAUAUAAUCUCUUUCGGUUUUCAACACACAGUUUCUUGAUUCAAAGCUAUGGCCACUCGUAUAUUACCAAUAUCAACGCCUUUAGAAACUCAAAACUCCAUGAGGGUACUCACUGUUUCCGGGUUGAGAGUAUCAAGCUUGAAGAUGACCGACACAAAACAUAACAGCAUUGUUUCGUACACUCCCAAAAAGAUAAAAUGUUCAGCAAUGAACAGAUUCAACAACAAAGAUCCCAUUUUCAAUCUACACCCCGAAGUGUAUCUUCUCACAGGUGACGGAAACAAAACCGUAAUUACUCCAGAUAAUAAAAUAACCGAUAGUUCACGAGAUUCAACGAAGCCCGGUAGUUACAAUGCAGCGAAGAUUAAAGUGAUCGGUGUUGGAGGAGGCGGGUCAAACGCGGUCAACCGUAUGAUUGAGAAUGCAAUGAAGGGUGUUGAGUUUUGGAUAGUUAAUACGGAUGUUCAGGCUUUGAGGAUGUCGCCGGUUUUUCCGAAUCAGCGGUUGCAGAUUGGUCAAGAGUUGACCCGUGGACUUGGUGCCGGUGGUAACCCGGAUGUGGGUAUGAAUGCGGCGCAAGAGAGUAGAUAUUCUAUUGAAGAAGCUCUUACUGGUUCAGAUAUGGUUUUUGUUACUGCUGGAAUGGGUGGAGGAACAGGUACGGGUGCGGGCCCCGUGAUUGCAGGGAUAGCAAAGUCAAUGGGUAUUUUGACCGUUGGUAUUGUGACAACUCCCUUUUCUUUUGAGGGUAGGCGAAGAGCAAUUCAAGCACAAGAAGGAAUUGCAGCUUUGAGAGAAAAUGUUGACACGUUGAUCGUCAUUCCAAAUGAUAAAUUACUGACUGCGAUUUCGGCUUCUACGCCGGUAACGGAUGCUUUUAAUCUAGCUGAUGAUAUUCUUAGACAAGGGGUUCGUGGCAUCUCAGAUAUAAUUACGAUACCAGGAUUGGUUAAUGUGGAUUUUGCUGAUAUUCGAGCAAUUAUGGCGAAUGCAGGCUCAUCAUUAAUGGGGAUAGGAACUGCAACUGGGAAAACAAGGGCAAGAGAUGCUGCAUUUAAUGCAAUUCAAUCACCGUUGUUAGAUAUCGGUAUCGAAAGAGCUACUGGAAUUGUUUGGAAUAUAACUGGUGGUACAGAUUUGACAUUACUUGAGGUAAAUACUGCAGCUGAGGUUAUAUACGAUCUUGUGGACCCCAGUGCAAACUUAAUCUUUGGAGCCGUAAUUGACCCCUCAAUAAGCGGUCAAGUCAGUAUCACUCUAAUAGCAACCGGAUUCAAGCCACAAGAAACUAACGACCCGCCUCACCAGGCAGAUUCAACUGGAAUCAACCGUCGGUCAACAAGUUUCGCAGAAGUCAACUCAGUGGAAAUUCCUGAAUUCUUAAGGAAAAAAGGGCGGUCACGCUACCCACGAGCUUAGUAUAUAAACAGAAACAUGCUUGUAAAAUUUAAAAUGGGUUGUCCAAGACAUUUUUAAGAAAUUACUGUGCCUAUUUUUACCCAAGUAGCAGAUGACAACUGCCAACUAUAUUAGUUGCUAUAUGUGUUUUAUUAAACAAGUUUAGGGUUUAAAAGAAACAUUUGAAAGUUGUACUUGAUGCUUAUGUAAUGGGUUACUCAAAGAUGUGUAUUA